AGAUUAAUCAAAAAAUUUCUUUACGCUCAAUAUCCUAUCUAAAAAACUCUUAGUUCGGUCUAAAACCCUGAACUGCUGAAGAACACAAGGCAAAAAGAGGCACAAAAUUUACAUAUUAUGAAGUGAGAAAAUCCUAAGAGAUGUUUGUUACAUCCCUUGCUUGCUCUUACUUCACUUAUCCCACCCUUUUGCAUUCUUUUUGUUCCACAUUUACUUCGUCUUAUCACCAAUGCACGUUGCUGCAGCUCAAUAGAAACAGAAAGAAAUAUUGCAUUUGGGCAUCCAUCAAUGGUAACAGUGCCUACGAAGUGGGAGGAGGAUAUCCGGAAUUGGAGCAGAAUCAGAAUGGAAAGUUGCAUUCAGACAUGUCUUCUCAACGCGAAGCGCUCCUCAGAGGAGGGGACCAAGUCAUCUCUGUUUUGGAGGAAAUUAUUACCCUUUUGGAAGACAUGAAUAUGGACGAGGAAUCAGAGAAAGUGGCAGUGGAGUUGGCUGCACAAGGAGUUAUUGGAAAGAGAGUUGAUGAGAUGGAAUCCGAUUUCAUGAUGGCCCUUGACUACAUGAUCCAACUUGCUGAGAAUGACCAGGAUGAUAAGCGUAAGUCACUGUUGGAAGUUAUCAAAGAGACAGUAUUAUCACAUCUAACCAAAAAAUGUCCACCCCAUGUUCAAGUAAUUGGUCUUCUAUGUAGAACUCCGAAAAAGGAAAGCCGACAUGAAUUGUUGCGCCGAGUUGCAGCUGGUGGCGGUGUAUUUAAAGGCGAAAAUGAGUUGAAGAUGCAUAUCCCAGCUGCAAAUCUAAAUGACAUAGCUAACCAAGCUGAUGAUUUGUUGGAGGCAAUGGAAACUCGUCCUGUUAUCCCAGAUCGAAAACUACUUGCAAGGCUUGUUUUGAUUAGAGAAGAAGCUCGUAAUAUGAUGGGAGGGGGAAUUACGGACGAAAGAAACCACCGUGGAUUCUAUACUCUUCCUCAGCCUGAGGUGGACUUCUUGGCCAAAUUGGUGGCUCUAAAACCUGGAAAAAAUGUGCUUGAUAUGAUAAGAAAUGUAAUGCAAGGAAAAGAUGAAGGUGCAGACAAAUCUGGCAACAACGAUGAGGAUGACACUACAAAUGGGGAUCCAGCUGAAUUUCUUGGAAGGCCACUUGUAACGGGAGAGAAGACACUUCCAGUGCGCCCUGGCAUGUUUCUUGAGACUGUCUCCAAGGUCUUGUCUGGUUUAUAUGCUGGAACUGAUUCUGGCAUCACUGCACAACACUUGGAAUGGGUUCAUCGGAAGACACUUCAAGUGCUUCAGGAGAUAGCAUAUGGCUAGUUCUAUCCCCCCCCCCCCCCCUUUUUUUCUCUGGCAUUUUGUAUCCACUGUUUUAGCCUUAUGUGCUGCCAAAAAACUUGAUAGGCUGUUUAUAGGGAUAACAUAACAGAUAGUAUAAAACUUUAGAACAUUUGCUAACUGAAUAAUGUAAAUUUGUGGCAGUGAAUUGUAUAUAUAAGAUGAAGAGUGGCUGACAUCAAAAUUUCUGGACUAUGCUUUUGGGC